AUGCGUGCGAGCAAGAGGUCUCGGCGCCCCGCGGGGGCUCCGGGCCCCGCCCGCCCACCUGGAACCCAAGGCCGGCAGCAGCACCUCCACUGCGGCAGCGCAGCUCCGGGGCAGCCGCGGCCGGCCCCGCUCGGGGGAGCACCCCCGCCCCUGACAGCCGCAGAGAAAACGAAGGACUCCGGGAGUCUGUUCUCCCGGCAGCUCUCUCUCCGCUCGACCGCUGAGAUCGCCCGUCCCGGGGCGGCCCCGCUCCGCUCGCCAGCGCAGCCCCGAGGAGCGCCCGGAGGAAGGGCUGCCCGGCACGGCCGGCGCUCCGCCAGCUCCCCGCGCGUCACUCGCCGCUCGUGUGGGGAGAGCCGCCGUGUUCUCGCCUCACGCCCGGGAGGGCCCGGCGCCCUCAGCCUUUGGAAAGGCCGCCACAGUCGUGUGCCCAGCCGGUCCCGGCCAUCCCGGCAGGGAAAAGCGAGCGACACGGUGCCCCCCUCAGCUCCCACACCGCCCGCCGCCGUUCUCCUCACCCGUCCCGAGCCGCCUCUCUCUCGCAGGGGGAUCCCCGCCAACUCCGCGCCGCUCUCUCCACCGCCCCGCCAGCCGCUCUCGCCGCCGGAGCCGAGCGCGCACUGCCCGCCCCCUCCAGCGGGGGAGGGGGCUCGGCGGCCGGGCCGGGCCGGGCCGGGGAGGAGCCAGGCGGGGGGCGCUCCCUCAGGCAUUCAUGGAUGUCUUAGCAAUUGCGGUUUGGUGUGGGUUUUUUCCUACUUUUGGACAAAGAUAAGGAAACGUUUGUGGAAGCCUAACGCAGUACCUGACCCAAGCCCCUUCUCCUGCCGCGGCUGGGGGGAGCGGCCACGGGCCUUUUGUGCUGUGGGACAAUGGCACCACCUGGUGGCCUCGGGAAUUGUAACAGCUCGGUCCUUCGACACGUUCCCGAGUAGCCUGAAAAUAAAGACCCGGAAAAAAGGAUUAUCUUCAAUCCCACAGCCAUCCAUUGCUUUAAGAGAGGAAGCUUACAGCCUAAUUAUGAGUCAGCACAGAAUUUAUAAGCUUGUCAAGAGCUUCCAUGAGCACAGUCCAUGUCAGCAGUUAGCACACCCAGAUUUGCUGGCAGCUGUACAGAGCUCGGUGAUGGAAAGAGAGUGCCACAUUCAGUUACUUCCUUCCACAACACACCAAGCAGCAGAGGAACUGAUUUUGUUGUCCAGUUCCAGAAACAGAUGUGGUUUGAAUUUCUGCGCACAUGGGUCUGAGUGCCUACGCAGACUGAGAACCAAUCUACAUGAGAACCUUAUGCAGUUACCAUGUCCUGUGGAACAGGAGAUAAUACUGUGAACUGGAAAAGAUGCUGAGAUAAAAAUCUCCUUUGGCCUCUUGGCUGAACAAGGCCAGCUCCCUCAGCCUGCCUGCCCUGGAGAGCUGCUCCAGCCCUUGCUCUUUGUGGAAGAGGUGGCUGCUGCUUUACCUGAUCCAGGCAGCCUCAGCACUGGACCUGGAAG